AUGGCUUCGGAAAAAAGUACACUGAUUUUCUUGGUUAUGCUUGCUUUAUGUGGCGUUUGUUUUGGUGUUGUGUAUAGAGUUGGUGACUCUAGUGGGUGGUCUUCUAGAGGCCUUGUUGAUUACAACGAGUGGACUUCAACAAAAGACUUCUAUGUUGGCGACACAAUCAUAUUUGCUUACAACAAUCAAUUCCACAACGUGAUGCAAGUUACUAACCAAGAUUACGAAUCUUGCAACCCUACUUCUCCGAUCGCAGUCUAUACCUCGGGAUCUGACAACAUCACCCUUGAUGGGCCUGGCAACUUUUACUUUUUGUGUGGUGCUCCUGGCCAUUGUCAAGCCGGACAAAGGGUGGAGAUCAUGGCCACCCUACCUACACCAGAUGGCUCUUUUGUAAGUCCAAGCCCGGCACCUUAUGGAUCCUCACCUUCAGCUUCUCAUUCAAAAGUGUCGCCAAGCUCUGAACAAAGUAGUGGUCCUGCUCCUCAUUCUGAAAUGAUGUCGCCAAGCUCAGCUCUAAGCAUUCAUUUUUCGAAACUUGGGUUGGGUGUCACCGUGUUUGUGUUAUCUACUCUUUUGGGUCCUGUAUUUUAG